AUGGGUCUGCAGCCUGACUUUGUCUCACCAACAGUGAAGUUUGAAGGUGGCUUCAUUAUGGUCUGGGGGUGCUUCUUUUGCAAGAGCGUCGGAGAUUUAAAUGUUUUUAAAAAUGUUAAAGGGCGUUUUAAAUGCAUUUUUUUGCAUAUGAAAAGUAUAUAUAUUUCUGUAGAGAUGCGGAAAUUGAAAAACAUUGAAACACUUUUUUCCUUUCACUGUAGUCAGGUAGAACAACAACACCAUUUACCAGAUCUUGUAUGGCCAACAGAGACUGGUUGUCAAAGUACUCUAGCUCUUUUUAAAUCUGCACCAUGCGCUUGGUCAUUCUAA